AUUAGUCACGGCAUGACAAUAUCCUUGCUCCUGCUUGCUCUUGGAAACACGUCCAUGGUUCAAUUGAUUUCUCCAAUUUCCAUACCAUAAAAAGUCAUCGUACAGUUUGUGUGUCAAAAUGUUUAAAAAAAAGCUCAAAGCGCUGGAAUAUAUGGACUGGGAUAAAGUAAACGCGAACGAUCCGAAACACUUCCGCAAAUUGGUGGUAUGGCUGGAAGAACAAAAAAUUCGUCAUUAUCAAAUCGAAGAACGAGGCGAGCUAAGAAAUAUGAACUCUAACAACUGGUCAGAGACUUUUACGAAAUACUGUUAUGAUGUCGCCUGCCCCAUAACCACAGAACCCAUCGAUCGAUUAGAGUGGCUUGUUGGAUAUGCAGUUAAACUAGAAUUUCAAGACAACUAUAAAAAGUACCAACCAAUUACAGGAGUAAGUUUAAAGGAAAUGAAUAAACAGGCAGGGCCGAGUGUCAAGUCUUCGAAUCCAUUAGAUAACUUGAACUUUUACACUGCUGAGUUCAGGAAUGGAGUGGAAACAUUAGCAAAAAUAUUGAGGGUUCCUUGUCACUCGAAUCACCUUGUUACUCUAGAAGCCUGUAGCAAGGUAGUGACCAGGAGGUUGAACGCUGACGCAUUGUUGCAUCCAAGUUCAGUCGUUGUUAAAGGUAAAGAAUUUCCAAUUUUAGAAACAGGGCUUGGUUUCACCUUGGGGGAUUCCGCUCUUGAAAACGCUGCCAAAAUAUUGCGGCUUCUCUACAUUCAGGACCUCAGAAAUCUGCAAACUAGGAUUAACGAGGCUAUCGUUUCUAUACAAAAUAUCACUGCUAAUCCUAAGACUGAUACAAAACUUGGCCAAGUAGGAAAGUAAACAAAUAUCAAAAUAUUUGUUCAUUCUCAUCAAAUUUUCCCUAUCUCAAGGCUGUUGAUUACUAGACAUUGUUCUAAAACAAAUUACCAAUAAUAUAAAUACUCGUAUUUGAAUUAUUCACUGGUAGCUUUUAUUUUUAAGUUUACCAACUUCUGUUCAAGUGGAAAAUUCGUGAUGAUUGAAAAUCACCAAUAAUAAAAAAGUAAGUGAAAAUAAAUCCCAUGAUAGCGAAUGUAUGGAUAAUAUUUAUUGUGCGAGUAACAAGAGUAAAACUAUAUUGAAAAUUAUAGGCAUUAAUAAAGUUUUCUUUAUUUGA